AAUGCUCUUACUUAUUUCUGCAAGUGCAAGUCUUUUAUAUUGCUCCUACAAGAAAAAGAAAAUGGCCAAUUUGCAUUCUUUUUUAUUUGCUUUGGUUUUGCUGUUGUUACCAUUUUCAAGUUCGUCUACAGCUUUGAAUUGCCAACCCAAUCAAUCCAAGUUUGCACGCACCAUAACUGUCGAUCAGUCAGGCAAUGGAGAUUUCACUUCAGUUCAAAGUGCUAUUGAUUCUAUUCCUGAAAUGAAUACCCAAUGGAUACAUAUUCAAAUUUCUCCAGGAAAAUAUAGGGAAAAGGUUACUAUUCCUGUAAAGAAACCAUGCAUUUUUCUUGAAGGAGCAGGCAUCAGGUUGACAAGUAUCGAAUGGGGUGAUCAUGAAGCUACAAGCACUAGUGCUACCUUUACUUCCUAUCCUGACAACAUCGUAGCCAAAGGCAUAACAUUCAAGAAUACGUAUAACUUGGACAUAACCAAAAUCAAUUGGUGGGGAGAAAAAAUUAUCUGGAGACAAGCUGUGUCAGCUAGAAUUAAAGGGGAGCAAUGCGCCUUCUAUAAAUGUGCCUUUCUAGGGACACAGGAUACAUUAUGGGAUGAAAAGGGGCGCCAUUAUUUCAGCAAUUGCUAUAUUGAAGGUGCUAUUGAUUUCAUUUUUGGCAAAGCCCAAUCGAUUUAUGAGGGAUGUGUGAUUUCAGUUAACAUAGGAAAAUAUCCACCAGGUCUACAGGGGUGUAUAACAGCGCAAAAGAAAGAAUGGCCACAACAUUCUAGUGGAUUUGUCUUCAAAAAUUGUGUAGUAUCAGGAACUGGUAAAGCUUUUCUUGGAAGAGCUUGGGGACCUUAUUCUACAGUCAUAUUUUACAACUCAACCCUAUCAGAUGUAAUAGUUUCUGAAGGUUGGAACGCUUGGAAUUAUGUUCACCACGAAGCAAAUUUUACAUAUGCAGAGGCCAAUAACAGAGGAGUUGGAGCAGACACUUCCAAGCGAGUGCCCUGGGAAAAGAAACUCAAUGCAGAUCAGCUCAGGAGAUUUUUGGAUUUGUCUUUUGUCGAUGGAGGUGGAUGGCUUGCCAAGAUACCUAAACUCCAUUAGUAUACAUGUCAUGUCCCUGAUGGGUUGGGCUUUUAUUGUUUCAGUCAACGGCUUGCCGUGGCAUGUGCCUUUUUUCUUCAUUAUAGUAGUCUAGAACCCACUCUGCUUCAUUUGCCCAGUUAAACGAUUAAAAGAUUAUUGGAUUUUUUUGUUGUGGUUUAUAAAGUUCUUAAUCAUGAUAUAAGUGUUUUGUUUUGUUUUGUCACUCGGAAAUGAAUUUAAGGAAGGAAAUGAGAAUGCAGAUCCUAUCCUCAUAAA